AUGGCUCCAUCAAUCUGGGCUGCUGACCUCUGUGCGCUCACUGACGGGAUAAAUGAAUCCACCUCGCCAUGUUUGGACGGCUUGAUGAAUCUGCUGCCUGUCAGCUCCUCGACCGGUUCCAGCACAGAGGAAGGGGGCCCCACCGAGGAGGAGGAGGCCAAUUAUCCAGGAUGGAGGGACCAAGUCGAGUCCUCAGCUGGAGGAAGGAGGCCCAAGAGUCUUGACCACCGAAGUGAAGAGAAGGACAGAAGGAUGGAGGAGAGGAAAACAAAGGUGCUGAACAUGCUUUCCAAACUGCAGGACGACAAGCCUCAUCAGCCAAAUAGCAACAAAGGUCGCUCCAACUUCGAGGACUUCGACUUUUUGGCAAAGUAUUGCAUUUUCAGUCAGGAGAAGCUGGCGGAGUACAAAAGAGCUUUUGAAGCAGAGGACGAAGAUGGUGACGGCUACAUUUCUUGCCUUCAGGUUCUGCUUGCUCUUAAAAACAUCAUCCCUCCAGAGCUGCUGUCUGACGAAGAAGAGAUCUACGUCUACAGGAUCCUGGAGAUGGUGGACUUCAGAGUGACAGAUGGGCUCGUGGACCUGAGGCUCUUUGCUGUGAUUGCCAGCCUGGCACAGAAAAUAGCCACCAUGGAUGAGUUUAUGCGAUCACUAAUCACCGACAUGGACUUCCGCUCGUUAGAAGUGAGGCUCUUCAAAGCAAAGCAACUGUUCCUGUUCCUCCUGGAGGAGCAGCGAGGAGACGCCGGAGCGCAACGGGGCUUCAUCAGCGCCGAGCAGCUGCUUCUGGAGCUGAAGGCCGGAGGGAUCCACCUGGAGCAGGAGGCGGCCGUCAGACUGGAGCUGCAGCACAUUCCCCCUCUGGACCUGCUGGACUUCCUGGCCUACCUGCCCCUCUUCAUGCUCAUUCACAAGUCGGUCAUCGCCAACCCUCUCGAUGACUUCUGCAACCUUUGA